CAAAGAGGGUUGGAAAAGUGACCGAUGUCGCGACGGAUGCGGGCACGUUUGCUCGUUCAUCCAUAAAUUUCUUUUUAAAAGUUGUGUGCAAAGAAAAGAGUGUUUUAACAGAAAAAAAAAUUUUUUUUUCCUUUUUUUUCGUAAAAAAAAUCCAAUUUUUUUUGUGAUUGUGUCUGUGAGACUAUAAUAGUGAUUGAAAAAGUUUAAGGAAAACAAAAAACUUUCAAGAUGAUGAAAUUCAAGCAACAGGGCUUGGUCUCAGACCUAAUGCCCAAUCUUCGAUUGAUGCAAAUCAGUGGACACUUUAUGUUUAAUUAUUAUGGUGAUGCAAAGAAAUUCGCUCACAAAAUUUACUGUAGUGUUCAUUUCUUCCUGAUCCUCAUGCAAUUUGGAUGUAUGGCAUUUAAUUUGGUGCUCGAAAGUGGUGAUGUCGAUGAUUUAACAGCUAAUACGAUAACAAUGCUUUUCUUCACGCACAGCGUGGUGAAAAUUAUAUACUUUGGCGUGAGGAGUAAACUUUUUUACAGAACAUUAGCAAUCUGGAAUAAUCCAAAUAGUCAUCCAUUAUUCGCAGAAAGUAAUGCCAGAUAUCAUUCUAUAGCCUUGACAAAAAUGAGAAGAUUACUAUUUUGUGUGGGAGCAGCAACUUGUCUUGCAGUUUUUUCCUGGACAACUCUCACAUUUAUUGGCGAUUCCGUAAAAACUAUCACUGAUCCGGUGACAAAUGAAACAUCAACCGUUGAGAUCCCAAGACUGAUGCUUCGAGCAUGGUAUCCAUUUGACGCUAGACAUGGAAUGAAACAUGUUCUUAUGCUCAUAUACCAAUUUUACUUCCUCCUUGUAACAAUGACAGACUCAAAUUCAUUGGACGUCCUCUUCUGCUCAUGGUUAUUGUUCGCCUGCGAACAACUUCAGCAUCUUAAACAAAUAAUGAAGCCCCUCAUGGAGCUCAGUGCCACUUUGGAUACGGUCGUACCAAACAGCAGUGAAUUAUUUAAGGCUGGAAGUGCAGAGCACCUUAGAGAUAGUCAAGUGCCACCAAAUGAAGGAGGUGAAAAUAACAUGUUAGAUCUUGACGUUCGAGGGAUUUACAGUAAUCGUCAAGAUUUCACUGCGACCUUUAGGCCAACAGCAGGAAUGACAUUUAAUGGUGGAGUUGGUCCAAAUGGACUAACAAAGAAGCAAGAAAUGCUCGUAAGAAGUGCCAUCAAGUACUGGGUUGAAAGACAUAAGCACGUCGUGAGAUUGGUAACGGCUGUUGGCGAUGCUUAUGGCGUGGCACUGCUAUUACACAUGUUGGCAACGACUAUAACUCUAACUCUACUUGCAUAUCAAGCUACAAAGGUAAAUGGAAUUAACGUUUAUGCUGCUUCCACAAUUGGUUACUUGUUAUACACACUGGGUCAAGUAUUUCUUUUCUGCAUUUUUGGCAACCGACUCAUCGAAGAGAGUUCCUCAGUCAUGGAAGCUGCUUAUUCUUGUCAUUGGUACGAUGGUUCGGAGGAGGCAAAAACUUUUGUUCAAAUUGUAUGUCAACAGUGUCAAAAAGCAAUGUCAAUAUCAGGGGCGAAGUUUUUCACAGUAUCCCUCGACUUGUUCGCUUCGGUUUUGGGAGCUGUCGUUACAUACUUCAUGGUGUUAGUGCAACUUAAAUGAACAUCAAACAUUACUAACUGUACACUUCAAAAAAUGUACCGAAGAAUUGAAACGAAAAUUUUCUUUUUUAUUCCAAGUCUCCAGAUGUGGAUUCUUUUUUAAUGUGUAACUAAAAUUUAAUCGCAGAUCCAGGGGGAACAUCUUUCUUAAAAAAAAAAAAAAAUAUUCACCCCUUCCAAAAAUCUUUUCUGAAUCCAUCGCUGCUGAAAUUUUACUAUUUUUUUACAAAAAAAAUAAAUUUUCUUUUUUCUUCUAUUAAAUAAUAAAUUAUUAUUUUUUG